AUAGAAUUAAUUAUCAAUAAUUUAGUAGAAAAAUGUGAUCGAACAAUAAUAUUUAUGUAUAAGGAAUAGAUUUUUAUGAUCAGAUCACUUAUAUCAAGUAUUAAUGUCAAACCAACUUGCACUUGAAUUAUUUUUUUAAUCAGAAAGCGUGAGGAUAUGCUAUUCAAUAACUGAUUAUGGUAUCUGUUGUUUGGAGUCAAUCAUUGACCUCUUCGUUGUUAUUAUCCUGUUGUUCUCGGUGGGAUAAAUCGAUAAUUGAAAAUCAAGUGCACAAUACUGCAGAAAGCAAUUGAGAACAGAGCAAUUCGCCGACAUUUUUUUUCAGGAAAUGGAUUCGUGUGUAGUUCAAAGUUGUCCAUCUCCAAUCAGUGGAUCAUCACCAGUAAUAUUCACUCAAUUCAUUCAGACAAUUUUAGCAGCCCAGUGUGGACUUGGAAGAAUCGAUGACUAUCCUCCAGAUCGCACAGCCGAAAUUUCGGAAACUCUUGAAGAUCCAUUUGAUUUCAUAAUUGUUGGUGGCGGAUCAGCUGGAUCAGUUUUGGCAUCAAGAUUGUCCGAAGAACCCAAUUGGAAGGUGUUACUUAUAGAAGCUGGAACGUAUCCUUCAGCUACUAGUGAUAUUCCGGGCCUAUUUUUGGGCCUGCAGAAAACUAAAGAGGACUAUGAUUACCUCGUCGAACCGCAAAGCGAUUUCUGCCUGGGAAUGAUUGACAAGCGCUGCAAAUGGGGGAAAGGGAAAGUUCUGGGUGGGUCUUCGACAAUAAAUGCUAUGUUAUACAUUUAUGGAAAUAAUAAAGACUUUGAUUCGUGGGCAGCGGAAGGUAACCAAGGUUGGGGUUACGAGGACGUCCUUCCUUACUUCAAGAAAUCGGUCAAUUAUCCGCAUGAAGUGAUCCUGAAAUAUGGAGACCGGCAUUACGGAAGUGACGGCCCACUGAGUGUACGUUCUUACAAUUACACCGAGUCGAAUAUUCAGGAUAUUUUUCUACAAGCAGCUAAAGAAAAGGGAGUUCCGACCUUGGAAAUUCUCAACGGAGAUCAUUUUAUAGGGUUUGGCAGAGCGCAUGGAACUCUAAGUGAUGGACGUCGUAAUAAUGCAGCAAAAGCUUUUCUUUCGUCGGCUAAAGAUAGGAAGAAUUUAUUCGUGAUGACUUCCGCGAGGGCGGACCAAAUUUUGAUGGAAAGAAAUCGCGCGUCGGGAGUUAAGGUUACGUUGAAGAACGGAAGAACAGUUGAUUUGAGGACAAAGAAAGAAGUUGUGCUUUCUGCUGGAUCUAUUGCUUCUCCGCAAUUGCUGAUGCUGUCCGGAAUCGGGCCUAAAGAUGAUCUGGAGGCUUUGGGUAUUGAUUGUAAAGCAGAUCUUCCAGUUGGAAAGAAUCUUCAGGACCAUCUAGUUUGGCUGGGAAUCCAGUUGGAGGUCUUGAAUGGUUCCUUGGAUGCUGCUAAUCUUCAAAAUGAAGUCUUUAACUACCUAGCGUUCAGCAAAGGCGGGCUUGCUGGUAUUGGAGGGAUAGAUCUUCUUGGUUUUGUCAAUCUUGAUGAUCCUGCUUCACUUUAUCCAGACAUCCAGUUCCAUAACAUUUUCAUUCCGCAAGGCAACUCUGUAUUGAUGGCCGACUUGGUGAAAGCCAUGGGCUUGAACCAAAAGUUGAGUGACUAUCUAACCAGUUUAUCAAAGAAUACCAGCACUAUCUUCAUGUGUCCUACUUUGUUAAAGCCGAAAAGCGUUGGAGAGAUUAAAUUACGCAGCAAGUCACCCAGUGACCAAGUUAUGAUUUAUUCCAACUAUCUUUGUGAUGAAGAUGAUGCAAGAUUGAUGCUCAAAGCUGUUGAGUUUGUAAAAGACUUUAUCGACACCGAACCUUUCAAAAAAUUAGGUGCUAACUUGAGGCAGGUUGUUAUUCCUGGAUGUGAAAAUUUUAUGUUUGAUAGCUCACAGUACUGGGAGUGCAGUCUUAGGCAUAUGUCCAGCACUAUCUAUCAUCCAGUCGGUACCGCGAGAAUGGGAUCUUCUGAAAAUCCUAAGUCUGUGGUUGAUUCGACGUUGAAGGUUUUAGGAGUUGAGAGUCUUCGAGUUAUAGAUGCAUCGAUCAUGCCGGAUGUUACCAGCGGGAACACCAAUGCUCCUACGAUGAUGAUCGCGGAAAAGGGAGCUGAUUUGAUCAAGGACUACUGGCUCAAUAGAAGCUGAGUUGAAGCUUUAAUUUUAGAAAUCUGUCAUCAAUCGAUUGUACACUGAAUUAAUAUGUUUUAAAAUAAUUUUGAUCGAUGAAAUAAAUUUUUUUAAGAGUAAAUAUUUG